AUUACACAUCGGCAAACCUGUUUCCGUGGUGCGUGGGGUCCGGUGCGUGCGUGGUCGUUCAUCAUCAUGUCGGAGCUCAGUACGAUCUUCCAUGGAGUGGUGGUGUUUGUUUUGUUUGCGGUGUACCUACAGUGGCUAAUGAAGCGAUGGCAGUUGAGCCAGAUAUUCGAGAAAAUACCGGGUCCAAAAGCGUACCCGAUAGUGGGCACAAUGUAUUCGUUUUUCGGCAAAAAGCGUCAUGAGAUUUUUUAUCUGCUGGACGCGAGGACUCGCGCUUAUCCGGACAUCCAUCGCGUAUGGACGGGCAUGACCCCGGAAGUACGCAUCAGUAAGCCGGAAUUUGUCGAGCAGGUGAUCGGUUCCAGCAAGCACAUCGAAAAAGCCACGAUGUACCGCUUUCUGCACGAUUGGCUCGGCAAUGGACUGCUUACCUCCAAAGGUGAACGUUGGCAUCAGCACCGUAAGCUCAUCACACCGACCUUCCACUUUAACAUCCUCGACGGAUUCUGUGACGUGUUUGCGGAGAAUAGCCAGGAGCUCGUGGAACACCUGCAGCCGUACGCCGACACGGGCAAACCGGUCAACAUGUAUCCGUUUAUCACGAAGGCGGCUCUGGACAUCAUUUGCGAAACCGCAAUGGGAGUAAAGGUUAAUGCUCAGAGCGAAGGUGAGGAGAACGAUUACGUCAAGGCGGUCUGCGAACUAAGCAGACUGUUUGUUGAGCGUAUGGUUCGUCCCUGGUUGCAUUUGGAUUUUAUUUGGCUUCGAUCCCGUUUUGCCGCACGGUACACGAAUGCGCUCGAGACUGUUCACACAUAUUCGCGUGAGGUAAUUCGCGACAGAAAAGCAGCGCUGGAAUCAGCACAGAAAAAUGCCAACUCCGAAUCAAACGAUGGAGAAACGUUUGGAGCUAGGAAAAGGUUGGCGUUUCUUGAUCUAUUGCUGCAAGGCAACCAGGCGCACAAUAUUAUGACUGAUGAGGACGUACGAGAGGAGGUGGACACAUUCAUGUUUGAGGGACACGACACUACGACAGCUGGCAUCAGCUGGGUGUUGUUUCUGCUAGCCCUUCAUCCGGACGUCCAGGAGCGGGUGUGCGAGGAAAUUGAGUCGAUUUUUCCACCCGGUGACAGCCGACCGGCCACGAUGCAGGAUCUGAACGAGCUGAAGCUGCUGGAACGGUGCAUCAAGGAGGCACUGCGGCUCUAUCCGUCCGUGUCCUUUUUCGGUCGAACGCUCAGCGAGGACAUCCAGCUCGGAGGUUACCAUGUGCCGGCCCAAACCAUCGUGGGAAUUCAUGCGUACCAUGUGCAUCGGGAUGAAAGGUACUAUCCGGAACCAGAGAAAUUCGAUCCGGACCGUUUUCUGCCGGAAAAUGCCGAAAAUCGCCACCCGUACGCAUACAUCCCGUUCAGCGCUGGACCAAGAAACUGUAUCGGGCAAAAGUUUGCACUGUUGGAGGAGAAGAGCAUUGUAUCGACCAUACUGCGCCGUUUCCGGUUGCGUUCGGUGCGUACGCGCGAGGAGCAGAAGAUUAUGCACGAACUCAUCACACGUCCGAAGGAUGGUGUACUGUUGUACCUGGAAUCACGCAAGUAGG